UUCCGAGAUCAUUCUUGGGAUAUUUCAUGGCCACUUGGUGCCAUUAACCUCACACCCGCGACUAGAAGGUCCUUGAUUGGAUCUAGAAUCAGCCAACAUGUCGGGCGUACAAAUUUCAAUGGAUCAGAACCUGAUCAUCAUCCUCAGCACGGUGAUUCCGGGAACUGUCGUCAUUGUCGCUGGCCUGACCGCUUUCCUCUGCAUCAGGAGAAGAAGGCGUGGGACACUGUUCAACCGCGGCAUCACUCCAAUCGGUGACGACGAGAUAGCAACAUGGAAAAUCGGCCCGCAUAGUGAAAAAGAGGCCCUGCGGCCAAGCAUGCCGCCGCAUCACACACCAACGCCGUCGACAACUUCUUUCAAAUCACCCAGUGUCAUCCAGUACACCACGAGCGCACGCCCGUCCUUUGAUUUGACCUCGCCUGUGCCGCUGCUCAACAAGAAGAUCAGCAUUGACCUCCCACAAUUUCCUGGCACGGCUGUGCUUGCUCGUGCGCCGAAUGCGCGGUCUGGUCUUACGGACGAGACAGUCCCCGGCGACGAGCCUUUCGUCGAUACCCUUAAACGCCAGCCCUCCAAGCUCUCCAAACGACAAACCAGUAGCAGAGCCUCACUGGACCAACGUGGCCGGGGCUCUAGGACCAACAGCCUCAAGAACUCCCCAGACCACGGAAAGAGUCUGGAUCUGCCCCGCCAGUCUAGUGAUGGCUCACGCAAGGGACACUCCAGAAUAUACUCGACGUCCUCAGUGCCACCCGUCCUGUCGUCAAGCGAGUGUGCUCACUUCUCUGCACUAUCUCCGCCCCCUCCGCCUUCAAGAGGUCGGAAGGAAGACAUUGGGCGCGCCAUUGGCUAAAUAGCUCCCCCUUUGCCGACACAGUUAGGGCAGCAGAAAGCUCUUCUCAUCUCUUCGAUUUUCAUACUGCAAGAAUAGCUUCAAGAGCACUUGCUUCCUCUUUUACAACCACUUUCAUCUUUUUUUCGGGCAGACUGCCUGCGUUAUUUAGCAAGUCG